GGGGCGGGGCCGGGCAGUUUCUGGCGGCAAGGCUGGCGCUCGCGCAAGUCUGGCGGAUCCUGCCUGGCAGCUGCAGGGCGAACUCAGAGCUCGAGGCAAGGGCUCCUUUCGCUUCCCGCGGCCAUGGAGCGGCUGACGUUGCCUCCUGGAGGCGCGGAGGCAGUGGACGAGUACCUGGAGUACCGGAGAAUUGUUGGUGAGGAUGAUGGAGGGAAACUUUUUACUCCUGAAGAAUAUGAAGAAUACAAGAAAAAAGUUCUCCCCAUGCGUUUACAGAACAGAUUAUUUGUGAGUUGGCGGUCACCAACAGGAGUGGAUUGCAAACUCGUUGGCCCAGAGACAUUGUGUUUUUGUACACAUAGGUACAAACAGCACAAAACCGACUUUGAAACAAUUCCACAGCAGCGCCCCAUUGCUCUACCUUGCCGAGUGUCUGGUUGCCGGUGCAAGGCUUACCACUAUGUCCCUCUGAAUGGUACCCAGCCUAUUCGCUGCAGGUGCAAACACUUUGCUGACCAGCACAGCGCUGCUCUUGGCUUCACAUGCAAUGCCUGUUCCAAGUGCUCAGGUUUCCACAGCUGCUUCACUUGUGCCUGUGGCCAGCCCGCAUAUGCCCACGACACAGUGGUGGAAACUCGGCAAGAAAGGCUGGCUCAGGGAAAACCGGUAGGACGGGAUGUUCCUUAUGCAGCAAUGGGAGGUUUAACUGGUUUCAGCUCCCUGGCAGAAGGCUACAUGCGCUUAGAUGACAGUGGCAUUGGUGCGCCCUCCGCUGACAUCUUGGAUGCUCCAGUUUCAGCCACGGACCAUCCAUUCCUAAGAGCCAUGCAAGCGCCAUCUACUUCUUCUCCACAGCCGCUAGCAGGCAGCAAUGAAGUAGGUCCAGGCACUCAGAUUUCAUCCUUAAGGAAACCUGAAGAGGAUGAUAUGGCAUACUUUGAAAGACAAUACCAGGAAAGGAUAAAACUGGAAAAGGCUGCUAAGCAGAAAGGAAAAGCGCCACCGCUGCCAAGCACAAAGCCUUCUUGAAUUCUGUUGAACAGAUCGAGCCACCAUCCAGAUGCAUCUUCUAUUUAUUUAAGUUUAUUUUCUCUCAAUCUAUGUACUUUCUUAUCGUGUAAAUAUGCCCUUUUGAAUUUUGCUUAGCUUAUUGAAACUGUCAGAGUUCAUGACUUAAAGCACUUUAUGUGCCUUUUUAAGAUGGCCUGCUGUGUAGCCCAAGCUUUGAAGUCACAGCACUCUUUCCUCACCAUAUGCAGGCUUUCUCUCUUUUAGCAAGUUUUAUGUUAUUUUCAUGUGAUUCAAAGCCCAAAAGUACAGUAAAUAUUUUUAGUUUAUCAUAAUUUAACUUUUCUAGCCUACCUAAAAAACAAUUAAGGAUAUUAUUAAAGGUUUUAGAGAAAUA